GUGAGCAACAUUUAAUGUUUGGUAAGAGACCUUUUCUUUAUAGUAUACUUCAAGAUCAUUGAAAUCGGCAAGGUUAUCAGGUAAUAUUCAAUAUUUUAUCAUUCUAUUGGUUCUUUUUCUCUAUUACUUAGGCUUGUGACUUGCCCUUAUACUGGAAAGUACCACUUUUUUUGGCAGCGGGUGGUGACCAGAAAGGAACCGUCGAGAUGAAUGCAUUUCUGGACUUUUGGAAAGACCUAACAAUUACUCAUCAGGAUAUAGCUAAUAAAUUCAUCAGAAUUGUCACUCGAAGACUUCGAAACAAUAUACUCCCAGAGGAUUUAAUUCCACUCGUACAAGAUGUAGUAGAAACGCAUCCAGGAUUGACAUUUUUAAAAGAAGCUACGGAAUUCCAUUCCCGCUAUGUACAUACGGUGAUUGCUAGGAUAUUUUAUUGUGUAAAUCGAAGUUGGAGUGGCAAAAUUUCAUUAGCGGAAUUAAGGAGAAGCAAUUUGUUAGCAGUGAUUGCUGUACUUGAGCACGAGGAAGAUAUCAAUCAAGUUACAGCCUACUUCAGUUAUGAACAUUUUUAUGUAAUAUAUUGCAAAUUUUGGGAAUUAGAUCGCGACCACGAUCUUUUCAUAGAUAAAAUGGAUCUAACAAGGCAUAAUGAUCAUGCAUUGUCAGCUCGAAUGAUCGAACGCAUAUUUAGCGGUGCCGUGACGAGGGGUAAUAGAGUAAAGAGUGGCAACAAUGCACAACUAUUAGAAGAUAAGAUGAGUUACACGGAAUUUGUAUGGUUUCUUCUUAGCGAGGAAGAUAAAAAUCAUCCCACUGCCAUUGAAUAUUGGUUUAGAUGCAUGGAUCUUGACGGUGAUGGUUAUUUGUCGAUGUAUGAAUUAGAAUACUUCUAUGAAGAGCAAUUACGUCGAAUGGAAGCGAUUGGUCUGGAAACAUUGCCUUUUGAAGAUUGUCUUUGUCAGAUGUUAGAUAUGAUUCACCCGGUAACACCAGGCAAGAUAUCAUUGAGUGACUUGAAAAAAUGUAAAAUGACGUCCAUAUUCUUUGAUACCUUCUUUAAUCUGGAAAAAUAUUUGGAUCAUGAGCAAAGGGAUCCUUUUGCUUCGACGAGAGAUCACGACGCUGACGGUCAUGAACUUUCGGAUUGGGAUCGUUUCGCAGCAGAAGAGUACGAAUUAUUGGUUGCCGAAGAAAGUGGCAAUGAACAACCGGAACAAAUGUCACACAAUAUUGUCUCAUGGGAAUUAUUGCCAAAUGUGGAUUCUUCGGAUGACUCGGUGGACAUGAUCAAGAAUGCAAAUUCAUUAAUGAAUACAUCGAAUGUUUGUGCGCAACAACAAUUGAGGCAUGAAGAUAGCAACGAUAGUGAUGAUUACGCAGACAGCGACGAUUAAUUUUUCGACAAUUUUUAAUAAUAUAGUGAGAGAGAAAAAUCGAGAAAUAACAGAAAAUGUUAUGACAUUAUCAAAACACAAUCUAUUAAACGCGCAGAUGUCUAUAUUAAACUAGAUUACUAAUUGAGGCUUCGGACUUGCGUCGCAUGAAGUUUCCGGUUAUAUGAGAGAAAAUGACGGCGGUCCUGUGUGAAAUGUGUCAUUUGUGUGAGUUUAUUUACAGCGUCGGUAUGUGUCAGUGUGGCCAAAGAAAAUCUUUUGUAAAAACAAAAGAUAUGUGACUUGCUUCACUCGUUCGUGUGACUUGCUUCACUCGUGUUGUUUGACAGUUUGUCAGUUUAUGUCGUUUGACAGUUUGACAGUUUAUGACAAAAAAUUGAAUUAAAAUAACUAUUAUUUUAAUAAUUUACACUUAUUUUAAUAAUUUAUAUUUAAUUUGUUAGAUCUAAACAAUAAUUAUUAAAAAACUUGUUGAAUAUCACACGCAAUAAUUAUUUUAAAUGUGCCAGCGGCAGCCAUUUUCUCUGGUACACCAGAAACUCUAUCGGACGCAAGUUAUGCUCUUCUAAUGGUGACAUAUUAGUAAUCUAGUUUAGUAUAGACAUCUGUGGUUAAAUGAUAUGAUUCUAAAGACUGCAUGCGCGCGUAUUAUGUAUUUAUAAAGCUGCAAGAGUGCAACACGAUGUGCCGGAUAUUUUUUUUUUUGCAUUGUUUAUAUUACAGAACUAUAUUUUUAAUCUAUCUAUAUUAAUAGUUUUUUUAAAGGAAAGUCCCCAUGUAACAUUGAUCACAUGCCCUUCUAUUCAAAAGUGAUAUUUCUUCUACACAGUUGUUUAGUAGAUUAUCAAAUACACUCAAUGUCAAGUAUAUAUUUUAACAUAUUAAAUUAUGUACAUUUGGGGUAUAUAUACAUAUAUUAGC